AAAUUAAGAACUUCAUUUCGUUGGUUUCGAUAUAUCUGUCUGUUAGGAGGCUGAUAAUGUUCCUUUAUUAAAUCCUGAAACACUUAAACUCAACUUCUUUUGUUUGAAAGCUUGUUAGCAAGCUUGUUGCAUCAGGGAGUGAGCUUAGCUAGCUGUUAGCUUACUAGCUAGUGAGAUGAAGCAUACAGAGUUAAGUUGACAAGCCAGAUUACACGAGUGACAUACUACGUUAUUUUGUAUUGUUUGCUGUUAUGAAUGGAAACUGAUUGAGGGAAGGUACUGUUGUCCACAGAGAAAUGAGUGAAAGGAGGAGAAGAGGUGGGAAGCCAAACAGAGGAGGGGGGAGAUUUAAUAAGCCAAGAGGAGGUGGUGGAGGUGGAGGAGGUAGCAGGAAGGGAGCAAGUGGUGGCUGGGAUGACGGUGACGAUUUCAGCCUGGAUUUUGGACCCAGGCACUCUAGCAGGUCUUCCACAAGCAAAGGGCAGGGUGGCGGUGGCCGUGGCCGUGGCGGCAGCAGGGGUGGAAGUCGAGGAGGAAUGGGUGGCAGUAGGGGAGGUAGGGAUCGAGACAGGGAGGGCAGGGGUAGCGGGAGAGGUGGUGGCAGGGGUCUCCCCAGGUCCCUGGUGGGGGACAGGGUGCGUCCGAGGUCAGAUGACAACAGACCUCGGAUCAGGUCAGAGACGAUGAGCACCAUGCCCUUGCAGAAGAUCUUCAUGACUAAUGAGAACCAGGAGCAAGUCAAGGAGCUGCUGCGGGAGCUGCAGGCACAGGAUUUUGAUGAGCCUGAUGAUGAAUCUGGCUCAGAUUAUUUGGGAGAAGAGGAGGAAGAGGAAGAAGAGGAAGAGUAUGAUGAGUUGGACCACCGUGACGAAGACCAGUUUUGGGCCACUCAUGAUGAGCCUGUGGAGAGAGCAGACAGCCCUGUGUGUGAACUGGAUUCUGACAAUGAACGGCCCACCCCUGAACCUGUUAUCUCCCUUUUUGCAAUAGGCAAACUCUGCAGGUAUGGGUUUGACAGGGAGCGCAGCAAGCAGGCACUGGAGUCUGGGGGUGGAGAAUUUGGGGCAACAUUAGAACAACUCCUCCAUCAGGUUUUCUCUGAGCGCUACGGUCAAAAAGCAGUUUCCCCUGAGGGGGUCCAGGGCGUGCCCAUGGAUGAGUGCCUGAGCCAGAGGCAGGAAGAGGCCCUGGCCCUUGCUGCCAUUUAUGGCGAGCGCUUCAACGAGCGCAUUGCCAAUGCUGUGUGGACAGUGACCCUGGACCUCUCAUUCCUGUCAGACAAGGCUGCCAAGAAUGGCGGGCAAGUCAGGAGUCGAAAUGGAUCCAGUACCGGAUCUGGUGAUUUCCGUGACAUCUGUCGAUUCUACCUGAAAGGGCAAGGCUGCAGGUUUGGGGACAAGUGCAAGUUCAAACACCAGGCCUCCAGCAAAGAGAAGCCCGGGGCUGGUUCCUCAGACAUGGUGGGCCCCAGUCAGCCUGGAUUCAGCAGCUGUUCCCCUCCUGAGUAUGAGCUAGAGGUGCGUUUCCCCAAAGGAAACCGCUAUCCAUUCCAGGCCCCAAUAGUAGCCUUCAGCACCAAUGAUGAGGCUGUCGGAGCUGCGGGGAGACUCAGUGUGACUGAGAGAUUGUUUCAAGAGGCUUUGGCCGCCGCCAAGAGCGGAGAACCCGUUGUUUACACCCUGAUCACCUGCUGUGAGGAUGAAGCCGCCAUGAAGGAACUGCUGGCUGUCAGUCAUCAUAAAUACAGCACACCACCUCCGGUGGUGGUGGUUGCUCCACCCUCUCUGACCAUAGCAAAGAGUAGGAGCGUGAGGAGCAAUGUGUCAUCCCAGGAGAGCAGGAGCAGUAGUACCAAUAGCAGCAAUCACACCAACAGCACAAGGACGACGCCACCUAACAGCAGCACAAACUAUCAGAGACGGGCAGAAGUGAAAGGAUUUGGAGAGGCAGAGGAGCUGGACGAGAGGGACGAGGAUGAGGAAGAUGAUGAUGAAGCUGUGCCAGUUGAGAGUGAAAGUUAUGUCAAUCUCAGGAAGAAGAUGGUGAAGAAGCAUGAGCUCAAGAUAGACAACCUACUGCAAGAAAACAGCAAACUCUGCCAAGAGUUCAGACGGAAACAGUCAUCCAGGCGUUUCAACUCCAUGCUGCAGCAGAGACAGAAGCUACCGGCCUGGCAAGAGAAAGACAAUAUCCUGGACCUUCUGGACCACUGUCAGGUGCUGGUGGUCAGUGGAAUGACAGGGUGUGGGAAGACCACACAAAUCCCUCAGUUCAUUCUGGAUGCGUCAUUAGGCGGCACUGCACAGCAGGUGGCCAACAUCAUCUGCACCCAACCACGCCGCAUCUCUGCCAUCUCUGUGGCUGAGAGAGUGGCACAGGAGCGGGCAGAGCGCCUGGGCAACUCUGUAGGCUACCAGAUCCGCCUGGAGACUGUUAGGUCAUCAGCCACCAGACUGCUGUACUGCACCACAGGUGUUCUGCUCAGGAGGCUGGAGGGUGAGGCAGACCUCAAAGGUGUGACACACAUCAUCGUUGAUGAGGUGCACGAACGCACCGAGGAAAGUGACUUCCUGCUAUUGGUGCUUAAGGACCUGAUGGUUCAGAGGCCAGACCUGAAGAUCAUUCUCAUGAGUGCCACACUUAAUGCCAACCUCUUCUCUGAAUACUUCUACAACUGUCACACCAUUCACAUACCAGGACGUACUUUUCCUGUUGACCAGUUUUUUCUUGAAGAUGCUAUUGCUAAAACUGGCUAUGUCAUUGAGGAUGGCAGCCCUUACAUGCGCUCAGGAAAACAGACUUCUUCUAACACAGGCGGACGGGGAGGUAAAGGAGGGCCGAAGGAUGUGGUGGACGACUUGGGUGACGACGUGUGGAACUUCAUGUCUUUCUGCAAGAAGGACUUCGUCAAAGACUCCAUACCAGACCAGCAGCUCAGCCUGCAGGAUCUCACGACCCGAUACAAAGACACUAAAAAGUCUGUGUUGAAGACUAUGGCUGCAAUGGACCUGGACAAGAUCAACAUGGACCUGGUGGAGAGCCUGCUGGAGUGGAUUGUAGAUGGACAACACAACUACCCACCAGGUGCAGUGCUGGUGUUCAUGCCAGGCCUAGCAGAGAUCAAGAUGCUUUACGAGCAGCUCCAGUCCAACAAAAUGUUCAACAACAGGCGAACAAACAGGUGUGUGGUGUACCCGUUACACUCAUCCCUGUCCAACGAGGAGCAGCAGGCAGUUUUCAACCGGCCGCCAGAGGGUGUCACAAAGAUCAUCAUCUCCACCAACAUCGCUGAGACGUCAGUAACCAUCGAUGAUGUGGUCUAUGUCAUUGACUCUGGCAAGAUGAAAGAGAAGAGGUAUGAUGCAUCUAAAAGCAUGGAGAGCCUGGAGGACUCGUGGGUGUCUCGGGCCAACGCACUGCAGAGGAAAGGCCGAGCGGGUCGCGUGGCCUCAGGUGUCUGCUUCCACCUCUUCACCAGCCACUGCUUCCAGCACCAGCUGGCUGAGCAGCAACUGCCUGAGAUCCAGAGAGUGCCCCUGGAACAGCUCUGUCUUCGAAUCAAGAUCCUUGACAUAUUUGCUGAACGGAAUCUUGAGUCGGUUUUUUCUCAGCUCAUUGAGCCCCCGGCCAUGGGGAGUUUGGAGGCUGCCAAGCAGCGCCUGCAGGACCUGGGAGCUCUAACUGCAGACGAGAAGCUGACCCCGCUGGGCUACCACCUGGCCUGCCUGCCCGUGGACGUGCGCAUUGGGAAACUCAUGUUGUUCGGCGCCAUCUUCCGCUGCCUCGACCCAGCCCUCACCAUUGCUGCCAGCCUGGCCUUCAAAUCGCCUUUUGUCUCUCCAUGGGAUAAGAGGGAGGAAGCCAAUGAGAAGAAGCUCAGCUAUGCUCUGGCCAACAGUGACCAUCUAGCUCUGUUACAGGCAUACAAGGGAUGGUGCAGCGCGGCAAAGAGCGGCAACCGGGACGGCUUCCAGUACUGCAGGGAGAACUUCCUAUCAAGUCGUGGCUUACAGGAGAUUGCCAGUCUGAAGCGGCAGUUUGCUGAGCUGCUGUCAGACAUUGGCUUUGUCAAGGAAGGACUAAGAGCCAGGAUUAUAGAACGGAUGUGCUCUAAAGGCACAGACGGGAUACUGGAGGCUACUGGCCCUGAGGCCAACCUGAACUCAGACAACAUCCGGCUGAUGUCUGCCAUGCUGUGUGCAGCCCUCUAUCCCAAUGUGGUCCAGGUCCGCGCUCCUCAAGGGAAGUACAAGCAGACCAGCAAAGGAGCAGUGAAGAUGCAGCCCAAAGCAGACGAGCUCCGCUUCAUGACCAAAAAUGAUGGCUGUGUCCACGUACACCCCUCCUCUGUCAACUACACGGUUCGCCACUACGACAGUCCCUACCUGGUUUACCACGAGAAGGUGAAGACCAGCCGUGUCUUCAUCAGGGACUGCAGCAUGGUGUCCGUUUACCCGCUAGUGCUUUUCGGAGGUGGGCAAGUCAAUGUGGAGCUGCACAAGGGAGAAUUUGUCAUCUCCCUUGACGAUGGAUGGAUCCGAUUUGCUGCCGCUUCACACCAGGUGGCUGAGCUGGUGAAGGAGCUGCGCUGGGAGCUGGACCAGCUGUUGGAGGACAAGAUCAGGAACCCGAGCAUGGACCUGUGCAGCUGCCCCCGCGGCUCCCGCAUCAUCCACAUGAUAGUGCGACUCAUUUCCACGCAGUAGCACCGCUAUUUAUCAGUCCACCUUAAUGGCCCACAACUGCAUGGAGCUCCUCAGUCUAUAUGUCCUUCUGCUAUUGUGUCACUGCCACGAUGAUCCAAUCAGUAUUAAUAACAUCCCAGAGAGAUUCUUUGAGGUUAGGGUCAGCUGACCAUUCGGUUGAAUAGCUCUGUAUUGGCCACACCACCCUGCUGCCCCAUGAUUCUUUACCGUAAGCAUCAGUCAGCACCAUAAACCAAGCUGUUACUGUGCUGCUGCCACAGAGGCUCUUCAAGGGAAUUCCCCCUUAAAAGAAAUAAGAAUUCUCACUGGGAAACAGCACUUUCCAAUGUUUUCUUAGGUCUUAAUCGUGGCAUCUCUGCAAUGCUACAUAUGCAGCAAGAUACAGUUUUCUCUUUUGAUGUCAUCCUGUGUGGAUUAAAGGGGUACACCAUUGUUUUAGCCAGAUAAGAUACUGAUAAUGUCGCUUCUUGUAUACUUUUUCGUCAGUCAGGGAAACGCCACAUUGCAUUUUUAUCACAGGUUAUGUGUCUGGCUCACAACUGAGCUUUUUUAAGUCCAUAUUGGACUUAUGAUGCUGAAAGUGACUAUAUACUUAUAAUGGUUGUGAAUAUUUAUAUUUACUGCAUGAUCGAGAGCUCCAAGAGCUUCUGCAUGGUAAUGAAUUGCAUUACAUUUAUAGAAUGUAUUUAUUUUGAUGUAACAGUGAUGUCAAUCACAGUUUCACAAUGUGAAUGCAAGGGCUUUUUAAAUGCAAAUGAUUUGGUGGGAGUUGCCAAAGAAUUUGAAUACCAUUGUCUUAAGUGAUCUAUGCCUCUCGUACACUGCACUGAGAAAUAAAAAAAUCAUGAUGGCUGGC